AAGUGCUGGAGCACCAUCUGACCUCUCACAUCCCAUACUCCACCCCGCAGAGCAGUUGCGUGAAGCCAACUCUGGCUUCCCUGUGGGAGACGAACCGCGGAGGCACAAGGUGCUGUUUGGAUGAGGAGCCUGACUGCAGCAUGGCAUCAGGGCUGCUGGGCGGUGCAGAGUGGUCCCACUUUGUGACGGAGAAACGCAGUCAGCAAACUGCACAAUAUGAAAGCCGAAGCAGAGAGACAUCUGAUGAGGCUUCAUCGCUGACUCACUGUUUGAUGUUAGGCAGAAGGAGGAAUGUGAUCAGAUACCAUUGUGCAAAGCAUCCACCAGACAACUCUGUCACUCACAGGAGAAGCAGCUCUGAGCAGGAUGGGCUGGCAGCCCCGCGGUCCUGCCCUCAGCUGCCUCCAUGCCUCUCUCAGGCAGUGGGUAACCCCUCGCCAUCACCACCUGAGCUCUGCAGAGAGAGCAGGGAGACAUCACCUUGGGGAUUCCUUACGCCAUGUGCAGACGAGGGCUGUGCUGCUGCCGGCAGGGUCAGCCAGCGGUGCGGGAGAGGCUGCAGCCCGCAGGGGUGUGCACGGGUGUGCACGCCUGGAGUCCUUUCUCACGAGAUGGUGCAACCAGCUGGCGGGGAACUGGUUAAACAGCGUGAGCUCCUUGGCUGCCUGGGCUUGGCUGGCGGCGCGAGGCAGGGCAGGAUGUCACCGGGAAGCCGGCAUGUUUUAUUAAACAGAGUAUCAAAGUGGGCUAAAGUCUCUUAUUAAUGUCCACAAAUGCUGCCACUUCCAAACAGUUUCCACCUACAUAUUCCUCCCACUGCUGCGCUGGGUGCUGGCAAACAUCUCUGCUCAAAGAGGGGAAUGGCUUUCAUUUGAAUAGUCCUCAGGCAAGUUUCACUGAGCGGUGCCAGCAUCAUACCCGCAGUUCUCACGUGCCCGGCAGCGAUCCAGGGCAGUGCCGGAGGGAGGGCCCUUCGCUUGCCCAGGACUCCACAGAGACAACAGCUCUCGAUAGGUUUUCCCAGUGUUUUAUCCAAGCAGCAUCCAUGGCAGCCUAAACCAAUGUAAUUAAGCAGUGAUGGGUGCACAUACUUGCAAUAUUAAAUCUCGGCUUAAUCUAGC